GCUGGAGCGCAUGGCGUCUGAACUUAGCUGCUGAACGCUCUUUGCACUUCUUCUUCGUGGCUUUAUUCAGUUGCACUUCACUGGAGUGUUUCUGUCAGGACUGUUUACCACACAGAGAAAUUAUUCAGAGAGAUGCAAGGUAAGCAGAGCCGGCUGAGUGACUGUGAGCGGUGCACAUUGCGGAUCUGGGAAGAGUGAAGUUGGAGGGUGAGCUGCUGAGAGGAACAGGUGGAGCACUGGCAUCAGCAACUUUAACAGUUCAACAUAAGUACUUCCAGAAGUGCCCGGACGCUCGAAUGCAUUUAUCACUGGAUACCAUGAGCAUGGUGGAUGACAGCUGCUUCUCGCCCAGCAACUUCCAUGAAUUGGGGAAAGGUGGGGGCGUCGCUGUGGGGGGCCGCGUCCACAGCAUUGAUGUCAUCCUGGGCUUCAGUAAAGACCAGGACCCUCUGCUCAGCCCUGCUGGGGCCCCACGACCCCAUAAAGUGGACAUAGAUGGCCUGGCAGAGCCUGGGAGGCAGCAGGAGCCCUCAUCACACCCAACCUACAGCGGGCACCUUUCCUCUCUGAGGAACAGCAGCACAGAGCAGCAGCAGCAGCAGUACCACGAUACCAGCUUGUUCACAAACAAGUGUGACGAGGAGCUGAAUGAACUGAGGAAGAGCAUAGAGAGUGAUGAAGGCAAGUCUCCAGAGCCUGGUAAGGACGAUCAGCCCAAGAAGAAGCACAGACGCAACCGCACCACCUUCACCACCUAUCAGCUGCAUGAACUGGAGCGUGCCUUUGAGAAGUCCCACUACCCGGACGUGUACAGCCGUGAGGAGCUCGCCAUGAAGGUCAACCUCCCAGAAGUCCGAGUUCAGGUCUGGUUCCAGAACCGCAGAGCUAAAUGGCGUCGGCAGGAAAAAAUGGAUGCCAGCACCAUGAAGCUCCACGACUCGCCCAUGCUGUCCUUCAACCGCCCAGCACCAGUUCACACCAGUAUGGGUCCAAUAACAAACUCCCUCCCCUUGGACCCCUGGCUGUCCUCUCCUCUCUCCAGUGCCACAUCAGUCCACAGCAUCCCGGGCUUCAUGGGUCCAGCUCAGGGCCUCCAGCCCAGCUACCCCAGCCACAGCUUCCUCAACUCCACUCCUCAUCCUCCUCAUCCUCACUCUCACCCUCAUCCAUCCAUGGGCCAGGGGAUGCAGAGUAUGGCACCUCCUCCUUACCAGUGCACGGCGCCGUACCCUGAUAAAUACCCCCUGGAGGACGUGGACCAGCGCAGCUCAAGUAUUGCUGCUCUGAGAAUGAAAGCCAAGGAACACAUCCAGUCUAUGGACAAGACCUGGCAACCCAUGUGACUAACAAACCUGGCAGUCCAUGUAGACGACACUGGGAAAGGGAGAUAUUGAAGUUGAUUCUUGGGGCUCAGGCAUUGAGUAAAAUGUUGGAAAACAUGGCAGUGAGUUGUCUGAUACUCACAGAGGAAAGGAAAUGGAUUUUUGAAUUGUGAAAACUAAGGAUUUUAGGACUUUCUUUGGACCUUCUUUUUUAUUUUUCCUCAUCUCAAGGACAUGGAGCAGACAAGUGAACUCUACAGUCUUGUUAUAAUGUUCAUUUUCAACCACCACUUACCAGAUGUCCGUUCUCCCUCCAGUCUAAAAGUGUUUAUCAUUGCUUUGGGUGGUGUUAAAGUAAAUGUCUUCGGGGUGACAGCUGCAUGCUGGAAACAAGGAAAUUUCUUUGCUUGACAACUACUUUUUUAUAACAAACAAUAGCAUCUUUACAGACACACUUCCCUUUGAAUGAAUGCAUAGUUCCAUCUAUAUUAAUGACCAGCUUGUCCAGUGAUACAGGUUGGUUUUUGGUCAUCACAAACCAGGGUUCCUACACAUUUUCCAUUUCAAAAUUCCACACCUUUCCAGACUCUAAUUUCCAGAUGGUGGGUUUAUCAAACUUUAUUUGACAUCUGAACACAAACAGCUAUAUUUUUAAUGUGUAACCAAAGGUCCAGUGUGUAAGAUUAAGGGUGAUUU